AUGCGCCAUGUUCCUCAUUCCCCCUUCCCACAUUAUCCCUUUCCCUUCCCUAAUUCCCAUCCCGUCUCUCCCACACCCGUUGCCUCCUCCAAACUACCUCCAUCAGCCGGGCAAACACCUCAGUUGGGUCCGUGUAGAUUCGAACAUCCGUUCCCUCCAAGGACCUUAUCCAGACUAUUGUCCCACCUUCCCCACGACACUCUACCUUCCCUAGGACCCUCCACCUUCCCUACGACCCUCCACCUUCCCCACGACCCUCCACCUUCCCCACGACCCUCCACCUUCCCCACGACCCUCCACCUUCCCUACGACCCUCCACCUUCCCCACGACCCUCCACCUUCCCCCACGACCCUCCACCUUCCCCACGACCUUCCACCUUCCCCCACGACCCUCCACCUUCCCCACGACCCUCCACCUUCCCCCACGACCUCCACCUUCCCCACGACCUUCCACCUUCCCCACGACCCUCCACCUUCCCCACGACCCUCCACCUUCCCCACGACCCUCCACCUUCCCCCACGACCCUCCACCUUCCCCACGACCUUCCACCUUCCCCACGACCCUCCACCUUCCCCACGACCCUCCACCUUCCCACGACCCUCCACCUUCCCCACGACCCUCCACCUUCCCCACGACCCUCCACCUUCCCCCACGACCCUCCACCUUCCCCACGACCCUCCACCUUCCCCACGACCCUCCACCUUCCCCACGACCCUCCACCUUCCCCACGACCCUCCACCUUCCCCCACGACCCUCCACCUUCCCCCACGACCCUCCACCUUCCCCCACGACCUUCCACCUUCCCCACGACCCUCCACCUUCCCCCACGACCCUUCACCUUCCCCACGACCCUCCACCUUCCCCCACGACCCUCCACCUUCCCCACGACCUUCCACCUUCCCUUACGACCCUCCACCUUCCCCACGACCCUCCACCUUCCCCCACGACCCUCCACCUUCCCCACGACCUUCCACCUUCCCCACGACCCUCCACCUUCCCCACGACCCUCCACCUUCCCCACGACCCUCCACCUUCCCCACGACCCUCCACCUUCCCCACGACCCUCCACCUUCCCCCACGACCCUCCACCUUCCCCACGACCCUCCACCUUCCCCACGACCCUCCACCUUCCCCACGACCCUCCACCUUCCCCCACGACCCUCCACCUUCCCCACGACCCUCCACCUUCCCCCACGAAGCCUCCAUCCCCACCGUUGGAGGGAUAG